AUGUUACCAACAUUUCAAAAGAAAGAAAUAAUUGAACAAUUAGCUCAACUAGAAAAUACUCUUCAAGUUAUUAUAAAAGCUCAAAGUUAUAAUUUGAAAGUAGGUAUGAAAUAUACUGUUCGAUGGUAUACUGAAAGUAGUACAGAAAAUAUUAUCGCAACUGGUGUCUAUUAUGUCCAUGUCGAUCAUGAAUUGAAAGGUGGUGCACUAAAAUUUUGUCGUAGACAUGCACUACAACCAUGGUAUUCAACUCGUGUACUUUUAAAUGAAGCAAGUGACGGUUGUUUAAUGAUAGAACCUAUUCUUAAUAAAAUUAUUCAAUAUCUUGGUCCAAAUGCAUAG